AUGGCGACCUCCGGGAGAGAUCCCCAGUGGCUGAUGCCUUCCUCUCUCCAGGGAGGCUUAGGUGGUUCACGAACUGAAGCCCAGUCGAUACUGUUGCGCUCAGAAAAAGACCGUCAGUCUUGCUGGUCUUUUAUCCCCAUGGGGCAGAGACCGAAAGGUACUAUCCGCAAAGCCUCCUCCUACCUGCUUCGGCAGCUCGUUCGCCGCUACCAGGAGUCGGACGCGGACGGAGAGGAGGACGAGGACGAAGGCGAGGGCGAAGGCGAGAGAGAAGUGGAGUCCGAGGAGUCCUCAGAAUCAGAAAUGCUGAAUUUGCAGGAGGAAUUUGACGGAGUCCUGAGAGAGGAGGUCGUGGCUGAGGCACUUCACCAACUGGGUCGCUCAGGCCCUGGGACUGAGCAAGUCUACCUCAGUCUAACUUUAUCAGGUUGUGAUUUAAUUGACGUUAGCAUUCUCUGUGGAUAUGUUCACCUACAGAAGUUGGAUCUUUCAGUAAAUAAAAUUGGAGAUUUAUCUUGUGUGAGUUGUAUGCCUUAUCUUCUGGAACUUAAUGCUUCUCAAAAUAAACUGACUACAUUCUUCGAUUUCAAGCCACCCAAAAAUCUCAAGAAGGUGGAUUUUUCCUGCAACCAAAUUUCUGAACUGUGUGAUUUGUCGGCAUACCAGGCUCUCACUAAACUAAUUUUGGACAGCAAUGAGAUAGAAGAAAUCAGUGGACUCGAGCUGUGCAGCAGUCUAACUCAUCUUAGUCUGGCCAAAAACAAGAUCACAACAAUUAAUGGCUUAGGCAUGUUACCAAUCAAAAUACUUUGUCUGAGCAAUAACCAGAUUGAGAAGAUCACAGGUUUGGAGGACCUAAAAGCGCUACAGAUCGUGGAUCUGUCCCACAAUCAGAUCAGGAGCCUCCAAGGCUUAGAGAAUCAUGACUUCUUGGAAGUGAUCAACCUAGAAGAUAAUAAGAUUGCUGAGCUGGGUGAAAUAGAAUACAUUGAAAAUCUACCUCUCCUUCGAGUUCUCAAUCUUUUAAGAAAUCCAAUUCAGGAAAAAUCUGAAUAUUGGUUCUUCGUAAUUUUUAUGCUACUACGAUUAACAGAAUUAGAUCAGAAGAAGAUUCAAGUGGAAGAAAAGGUUGCGGCAGUGAAUAAAUAUGACCCUCCGCCGGAAGUGGUCGCAGCCCAAGAUCACCUGACGCAUGUUGUCAACAGCGUGAUGCAGCCACAGAGGAUCUUUGACAGCACUCUUCCUAGUCUGGAUGCCCCUUACCCCAUGUUGAUAUUAGCUGGUCCUCAGGCUUGUGGGAAACGAGAACUCGCUCACCGCCUCUGCAGACAGUUUAACAGUUACUUCAGAUACGGGGCCUGUCACACCACAAGACCACCUUACUUUGGAGAAGGGGAUCGAGUUGAUUAUCAUUUUAUUUCUCAAGAAGUUUUUGAUGAAAUGCUGAACAUGGGGAAAUUCAUUCUGACAUUUAAUUAUGGCAAUCACAAUUACGGAUUAAGUAGGGACACCGUAGAAGGUAUCGCAAGAGAUGGUUUAGCAAGCUGUAUUCAUAUGGAAAUAGAAGGUGUGAGAAGUUUGAAAUGUUCCUCUUUUGAGCCUCGCUAUAUCCUAGUGGUACCCAUGAACAAGAAAAAAUAUGAGGGAUACUUGCGGAGAAAAGGAUUAUUUAGUCGUGUAGAGAUUGAAUUUGCUGUCUCCAGAGUGGACCUUUAUGUUAAAGUUAAUCAGAAAUUUCCAGGAUAUUUUGAUGCAGUAAUCAAUGCAGAUGAUCUGGAUGUGGCCUACCAAACACUGAGUCAGCUCGUUAGAGAAUACCUUGGAUUGUCUGAGGAAGCUGCCAAGGGUUUGGCUCCAACUGCAGAUAUUAAGACACCUGAGCUGAAAUUUGGAAAGUCUCCUAUGAAGCUUAGUACUUCGCAUUCGUAUGAUUUCCUGGAUUCUACAGACAGAAACUACUUUGUGGAAUUAUGGGCCAAACUUUCAGCCAAAAAAACACCAGUGGAAAGAGAGUCUAUGGUGAGACAGUAUGAGACAGCCCGCAAGGCCCUAAUGGGAAAGACACCUCCUCAUCACACACUCCUAUUUCAAAGGGGUUCAGUACGAGCACCUAUCAUCAAUGGUCUACAUUAUUUUACAGCUUUAGAACUACAGGAAAGUUUUGACCUAUGUGAAGAUAAUUUUAAACCUGCUUUUGGACCAUAUUGUGAAAAGGGCGGCAUGGAUUUCUCCGGAAAGUAUUCUGCGUUACCUCAGUCUUGUCCAUGGUCAAGAGAAUUGCCUUUUCAGCCUCCAGAGGGCGGCAUUUAUUCACACUCAGGAUCGAGAAUAAGUGAUGUUGAGGCGGAUCCGGAUCUAAAAGCACCAAGUAAACAUUCAUUUCCAUGUGAAAAAUGGCCUCUCCAACACAGAAGACACGGGAUCUCAGUCAUCAGUUGCCCAGGUUCCAACACCAAACCCACCCUCCCUCCAAUCCCUCAGGGCCACAAGUAGACCAGUGCUUGACGAUUGAUCUUAACAUGGAAAAUUUGCACUGAUCAUGUCCAACCCCUUUGUCUUACCUGGCCAUGGAUCCUGGCUGUUCUCACUCAACCAACUACCUAUAAAAGAAUGUUCUAUCUGCCUGAAUUCUCUCAAUCAAUUUCUUUUGUGAUUCUCUGAUUAGUGUCUAUCUUUUUUUUAAUGUAAGUUAUUCUUAGCUUUGAGAAUUGUACUUUCAGUUUUUUCCAUAGCUAUUAUUGAUUUUUUCCAGCUGCUUCCUGCUGUGAAAUAUCAGAUGGCAAAAUCUUUCGAGAUCUCUGUGUUGCUAUGUGCUUAGUAAUUUUUGGAUCUAUUCAACUGGGAUUGUGCUCUUGAAAUUUCAAUGUGUCCAUUUAUAACAUUAGUGUAUACUCUAGGGGAUUGAAAUAUUUUGUUCUUCUGAUUUUGAAAGGGUUGUAGAGUUCCAUUUAACUUGUGGCCAACAUGAUAUCAACUGCAUCUCUCAAAGGGGAUUAAUUAAUGUAAUUUUUCAUGGUUCUCAACUUGUUUUAGCAAUAUGAAAGUGUAAAAAGUAUCAGAUAUUUCUUUCAUUUCACCCUUUCCUGGCUCUGAUUAAGUACUGCUUGUCAUUAGAAAUGUUUUUAAACAACUUUCAUCAUCUUUGUGGUUGCGUUACCUGCUGUUUGCAGAAAAAAACAUUGAGUAGUUAUAGAUAAUGCUAGUAGUCAGCUGAUAUGUGCCAGUAAGACUAUCCUGGUUGUUAAAACAUUGAAACACAUCCCAAUGGAUUGGUAAAUGGUCUCUUCUCGAAUCCUCUGUGCAUGACGACUCAUAGGAACAGGAGCCUUCACAUAGUACUGUACUAAUUUUUAAAUAUUUUAAAUAUCAAAACUCUCUAAUGACUUCCCUUUUAAAAAUAUCAAAAUCCUCUUUAAUAACUCCCUUUACCAUAACUCAGAUUUGGAUGUAGCAUGAUUUGCACCUAGCUCUAUUCUCAACAGGAGCUGGUUAAAGUUCUUUUCUUGGGGUUGGUGGGAGGGGAUGAGAAGGGGAACAUGGAGGAGAGGACAAGGCUGAGCAGGAAAAGGGAGGGCAGUACUUUCUGGAGAAGUGGGAGGGCGGAGAGUGGGUGGCGUUGCCCCAAGAUCUUAAAGAAUAGUUUAACUUUCACCAGCAUCAUCUAAUCUUUUAAAAAGUUGUUGCGAAAUAUUUUAGACACACUAAAUGAUAUAAAAAUAAAAGUUACAAUUUCAGACAAUAUGGAGGAGAUGUACUUUUCCCUAUUUCUCCCAUAAGCAAAGUGAAAAUCCUAGAAAUUAUAUAUAGAACAAAGACAAGAAGAUUGAGAGGUGGAAGGAAGAAGGCAGACCAGCUGGGGACCUCAGGACCUGAGUGGUGACAUAGUGGUGAGUUCCCAGAGUUUCCUUUUUGCCUCAAAUAUCCUGAACUGGCUGUUGGAGAAGUUACAACCCCAAAACACUUAACAGUACAGACAACAAAAACUCCAACAAAAAGCCAACUCUCCCUAGCUAAAGGACUAGGAAAGGGGCAGCCUAGCAAGAAAGAAAACUUUAGACAAUAACCACCUUGUUUUUUUAGUCAAACACCAUGGAUAAAACUGUAGCCCCACCCUCACCCCUCUACCCCUGUCAACAAAGGCUUCCACCCUUUUCUGGCUGUAACAAGGUUCUCCUCCUCCUCCUUUCUGGGAUAGCGUCAGAGAAGUUCUUGUGGAGAGCCAGGCCUUUCACCACCACCCAAUAUUAAUGAGAACUCCCUCCCACAAUAUAAUUAAAGGCCACUUAUGGACCUAGACUUCUAUUCCCCAGCUGGUAGUAAUGAGGCACCUGUUCCCCUUCCCAUCAGGGUAGUCUCAGAGAAGGUCUUAUGGAGAUCCAGGAAUUUCACCACUGACCUAUCUCUUUGCAGUGCCAGUGGAGGCCAUGUAGGGGCAUUAAAGAGUGCCCCUCCCCUUCUCAGCUGAGGUGGUAUAAGUGGAGGCCUAGCGGGGAACCCUAAACUUCCACCCCCAGGCAGUUCUAAUAAGGCAUCAUUCCCCCCUUUCCCACCCUAAGUGUCAAGAGAGGCCAAGUGGAGAAUUUAGACUUCCACCUCCACCUGGCAGUAAUGAAUUAGUCCCCCCUCCCUGACUGGUGUGGUGUCAAGAAUGUCUGCUAAGAGAGGAGAGUUAAAUAAGAUCCAGAGUCACAUAACAUACUAUAGCCAAGAUGAAAUUUUUAAAAAAAUACUCAUCAAGAGUCAGGAAAACCUCAACUUGAACGAGAAAAGACAAUCAACAUAUGCCAACACCAAGAUGAAACAGAUGUUGGAGUUACCUGACAAGGAUUUUAAAGCAGCUACCAUAAAAAUGUAAUUCUAAUCAACUUGCUUCAGCGAGCAAUUAUGAACAUGAUUGAAAAAAAUGAAAAAGAUAGUCUCAGCAAAGAAAUAGAAAAUAUAAAGAAGAAUCAGAUAUAAAUUUUAGAGCUGAACAAUACAAUGACUGAAAUUUAAAAACUCAUAGAUUGACUCUACAUUAAAAUGGAGAGGACAGACAAAAAAAAUCAGUGAACUUGAAGACAGAGCAAUUGAAAUUACCCAACCUGAACAAAAAAGAGAAAAUAGACUGAAAAACAAAAUGAGCUCCAAGGACAUGUAGGCCUAUAUGUAAAGACCUAAUGUUUAUGUCAUUAGACAUCCAGAAGGAGAACAAAAAGAGAAUGGGGCUGAAAAGUAUUUGAAGAAAUAACAUCUGAAAAUCCCCCAAAUUUGAUGAAAGCCAAAAACUAUACAAAUUCAAGAAGAUGGUGAAUCUCAGAUAGGAUAAAGCCAAAUAAAUCUACAAGACACCUCAUAAUCAAACUUCUGAAAACUAAAGACAAAGAAAAAUAUCUUAAAGCAGCCAAAGAGAGAUGAUAUCUUAGUUACAGGGAAGAAAAAAAACCAAAUCAAAUGAUACUGGAUUUCUCAUCAGAAACCAUAGUACCACCAGAAACCAUGGAAGUGGAGGAACAUUUUCUAGUGCUAAAAGGAAAAAAACCCCAUCAAUCUAGAAUUCUAUAUUCAGUGAAAAUGUCCUUCAGAAAUGAAAGAGAAAUCAAGACAUUCUCAAGUGAAGGAAAACAAAGAGAAUAUGUUGCCAGUAGACCUAUCCUAAAAAAAUGGCUGAAGAAAAUUCUUGGAACAGAAUGAAAAUGAUAAAAGAAGGAAAUCUGGAACAUCAAAAAGGAAAAAAGAACAAUGGAAAGAGUAAAAAUAUGGAUAAAUGCAAUAGAAGUUCCUUCUUAUCUUGAGUUUUCUAAAUUAUGUUUGAUGGUUGAGCAAAAAUUAUAACAUUGUCUGAUGUGGUUCUCAAUAUAUGUAGAAGGUAUGUAUAAUUUAAGGCAAUUAUAUUAUAAACAGGAGAAAGGGGACUUGAAGGGAGGUAAGCUUUCUACAUUUCACUUGAACUAUUAAAAUGUCAACACCAGUACACUGUAGUAAGUCAUAUAUGAAUAAUGUAAUACCUAGAACAUCACUAAAAAAGCUACUUUGUGAGAUACACUCAAGAACACUAUAGAUAAAUAAAAAUGGAAUUUAAAAAAAUGUUCAAGUAACACAUGAGAAGGCAGGAAAAAGAAGAGAGAAAACCAAAAGACAAAAUGACAAACCAAAAGCAGCCUUAACCCUUAACAUACCAACAAUUACAUUAGAGUAAAUGGUCUAAAUACACCACUUAGAAGGCAGAGGUUGGCAGAGUGGAUAAAAAACAUGACCCAAUUAUAUAGUGUCUACAAGAAACUCACUUGAAAUCUAACAAUGUAGGCAGGUUGAAAAUAAAAGGAUGGAAAAGUAUUUUCAUAUAUUAUGCAAACAUUAAUCAAAAGAAAGUGGGAAUGGUGAUAUUAAUAUCAGAUAAGCAGGCUUCAGAGAAAAAAAUUUUACCAGAGACAUAUUACAUAAGGAUAAAAGGAUCAAUCCACCAAGAAGACAUUUCAAGAUUAAAUAUGUAAGCACUGAACAACAGACCUGCAAAAUAUGUGAAGAAAAAUUGAUAGAACUGAAAGGAGAAAUAGACAAGUUUACAAUUAUAGUUGGAGAUUUCAACACUUCUUUCUCAACAAUUGAUGGAAAACUAAACAAAAUCAGCAAGGAUACAUAAGAAUUCAACAUCAUCAACCAAUAGGAUUUAAUUGACGUAUAUAAAACAUUCCAUUCAAUGACAGCCCUAUAAACAUUCUUUUCAAGUGUUCGUGGAGCAUUACCAAGAUAGACCAUAUCCUGGGCCAUGAAGGAAAUCUAACAAAUUUAAAAGAAUUGAAAUCAUACAAAGUAUGUUCUCUGACCAUAAUGGAAUCAAACUAGAAGUUAAUAACAGAAAGAUAACAGGAAAAUCUCCAAACAUCGGGAAGCUAAACAACACACUCCCAAAUAACCCGUAGGGCUAUGAGAGGGUCCCAAGGGAAUUAAAAAAACUAAAAAAAAUCGAACUGAAUGAAAAUGAAAAUACACUAUAUCAAAAUUUAUGAGAUGCAGCUAAAACAGUGCUGAAAGAGAAGUUUAUAUUACUAAAUGUAUAUAUUAGAAAAGAGGAAGAUUCUUAAAUCAAUAAACUCCUACCUCAAGAACCUAAAAAAAGAGCAAAAUAAACCCAAAGUAAGCAGAGGAAAUAAUAAAGAUAAGAGCAGAAAUCACUGAAAAUGAAAACAGAAAAACAAUAGAGAGAUCAAUAAAACAAAAAGCUGCUUCUUUGAAAAAAUCAAUAAAAUUGACAACUUCUCUCUGGUAAAACUGACAAAAAAGAGAGAGAAGACACAAAUUACCAAUAUUAGAAAUAAAAUGGGAAGAAAUUACAGAUUCUGCAGACAUCAAAGGAUAGUAAGGGAAUACUACAAACAACUCCACAUACAUAAAUUUGACAACUUAAAUGAAAUGUACCUAUUCCUCACAAAAUACAAACUACCACAACUCACCCAAUAUGGGAUAGAUCAUUUGAAUAACCCUAUAAAUAUAUUAAAGAAAUUGAAGAAUUAAAUUGAAUUAAAGAAUUCAUAAUUGAAUUCUGAAAAAGAAAUCUCCAGGCCCAGAUGCUUUCACUGGAGAGUUCUACCAAAUGUUUACAGAAGAAUUCACAUGAUUUCUACGCAAUCUCUUCCAGAACAUAGAAAAGGAAAGAACGCUUCUCAACAUAUUUUAUGAGGUCAAUAUAUCCCUGAUAUCAAAAUUAGAGAGUACAAAGAAAGGAAACUAUGGACUAAUAUCACUCAAGAAUAUAGAAGCAAAAAUCCUUAACAAAAUGUUAGCAAAUAAAAUCCAGCAAUACAUAAAAAGAAUUAUACACCAUGACCAAGUGGGGUUUAACCUAGGGAUGCAAGGUUGGUUCAAUAGUUGAAAUCAACCAAUGAAAUCCAAUAUAAUAACAGACUAAACAAGAAAAAUCAGAUAAUUAUACCAAUUGACGCAGAAAAAACAUUCAACAAAGUCCAAAACCUAUUCCUGAUAAAAAUCUGAGAAUACAGGAGACCUUCCUCAGCUUGAUAAAGACUUUAGUACAUAUGCAUCUAUCCCUAAACAAUAUAUACUUUUGUUCACCGUGAUUUUAAACUUCAAUUACACUGUAUAUAUUCAGCAAUUAACUUUUCUCUCAACAUUAUGUUUGUGGGAUUGGUCCAUGUGGAUUGUGUUGUUUUGACUUUAAAUUUUUUCACUGCUGUGUAGUAUUCCAUUAUAGGAGUAUACCACAAUUUAUCUACUUUCCUGUUGAUGAAAGCUAAAUUUGUUUCCACUUUUUUUUCCUUCUACAAAGGAUGCAACUAAAAGUAUUCUUGUCUAGGAGUUGAAUUGCUGUGUUAUAGGUGUAUAAAUCUUUAACUUUACCAGCUAUUGCUACAUUGGUUACAUUGCUACAUAUGCCCUCACCAACAUGUAAGAGAGUUCCCAUUUUUCUGCAUCGUCACCAAAAAGUGGAAUUGACAGUCUUUUUAUUGCUAAUCCAAUAGCUGUUAAUGUAAACUCAUUGUGGUAUUUAAUUUGAGUUUUUCCAAUUACUAGUAAAGUUGAACAUUUUUAAUAAAUUUAUUGGCCACAUAUAGCUUCUUUUCUGUGAAUUGCCUAUUUAUAUGUUUUGCCUAGUUUUAAGUUGGAUAAUUGUCUUUUUCUUAUCAAUUUGCAGGAUUUAUUUAUAUA